GUGCCUUUCGAACAUGCGACCAGAAGCUAUUCGGCUCGUGUUUCAAUGUAUGGGGUGGUCCCACCAAGAGCGUGGUCAGCUUUUCGGUAGUUUGACGUUGAUUUAAUGCCUGAAACCUGCUCGAUGUUCGGAGGCCAGAUCCUCCCUGAACGGCUGAGUGUAUGUCCCAGGAUGAGUUAAUACCAGCAAGCCGUUAUUAUGACUUUAAUCCAGUGUAGGACCUUAUGUGACUUGUCGGGAUCCUUGUUUAAAAAACAUUCAUAUAAGUCCCUAGUAUACGAGUCACAUUCCUAAACUGGGGUUAGCGCUACGCCCUGUCGGCGUGUCGGGCAAACCAAUCUCACCACUAGCCUUCAAAGAGUAUCCUUGACUCAUAGAUGAGCGGGGAAACAUCAUCAGAUAAUGCAAGCUUUCAUGGCGUCUUUCCGAACCACGCAACCUUAAAAGCUACUCGAACCCCAAUUGAUUUUGAUCAUCACCCCUAGAAGAAAAGGACUACCCUGCCUCAUUAUCAUUUCAGUGAGAACCAACGAACAAACCAUCAGCAGAAUGUCCUCACCAAACCCCCUCGAAGGCGUCCCGCCACAUAUCCGCAGCCUCCUCACCACCCUCCACAAGCAAUCCACGACCCAAGAAUCCGCCCUCACAGAUGCCGACUUUGAAAGCCGAACCUUUGACGACGUCAUGCGCGACAAGUUCAUCGCCCUCGAUGAAGACAAAUCCCAAUAUCUCUAUCAGCUUUGUCGCAUCAUCAACGCCAAGACCGUCGUCGAAGCCGGCACUUCCUUCGGCGUGAGCACCAUCUACCUGGCCCUUGCCGUGUCAGCCAAUGUAGCAGCAACAGGUGGUACGGGCCGUGUGAUCGCGACCGAAAACGAGCCAACCAAGGCGGCCAAGGCCCGGGAGCAUUGGGCGCAAUGUGGGGACGUCGUUACCAAUGUGGUUGACCUGCGGGAGGGAGAUCUCCGUGAGACUUUGAAGACGGACGUGGAGGCGGUGGACUUGCUGCUCCUUGAUAUUUGGACUCCCAUGGCUUUGCCCACGUUGAAGCUCAUCCUGCCGCAUAUGCGAUAUGGCGCUGUUGUUGUGGCGGAUAAUACUAUUGCCGCGGCAGAGAAGUAUAAGGAGCUUUUGGAUUUUAUGCGCGAUCCGGGUAGCGGAUUCGUUAACAUGACGCUGCCGUUUAAUAAUGGGCUGGAGGUUAGUACCUAUUUGCCCGCACAGUAGAGCAUUAAUCUCCUGAGGACGGUGGGAGGCCGGAGAUAUCUACCGCAGAAAGCCGCGCCUCGGCCAUACAUGAUAGGAAUGUGAAUAAACCGAGUUAGACACGAUUGAGCCUUUAUUUCUUUAAUUAGGCACGGUAUCUCAGACACGUUGGUCAAAAUGUAGACCUUGGAACUCUGUAGUCAGAUUUCCUACAGGUCUAGGAAAAUAUAGACCCUAAGAUACGAGGAAGUCACUGAUCCAACCGUUGGAAAUAUAUCUUCUGAAAUGCCGGAUAAUGGGGUAUGAUCGUCGAGCACUAUCACAAUAGGGGUAUACUUUAUCAUAGUAUCUUUUAUAGAGACUUCUAACAAGACGUUAAGUGAAUCCGAUCGCUACUA